CCAUCAGUGUGAAUGUGUGUAUGUUGUUGACAGCUUUAAUUGAAAUUUAGCCGAUCAUUACAUAUAUACGCUCAGUUUUUUUUUUUGCAAUUUCGACAACACAACUUACAAUUCCAAUUUAAUUUAAAAUAAAAAAAAAUCCAAAAAAUAAAAGAAAAAACGUGAAUAUCCCAAAUUUCUGUGCAGGAAAUGGAUUUACAGAUGUUGAUUGAUAUGGGAUUUUCCCAAGAAAAGGCACAAAAAGCAUUAAAUGUAACCGGUAACAAAGGUGUUGAACCGGCGAUGGAAUGGUUGCUGGCCCAUUCGGACGAUGCAGAAAUAGCCCCCGAAUGUGUUUCAGCCGAUUCAACAAACACGACCGAAUCAAAUGUGGGAGGUGCCAGCACAAGUGAACCCCAAGAAGUCAAAUCAUUCAAAUGCGAAGAAUGUAAUCGAUUGUUUAAAAAUCAAAUGGAAGUGGAAUUUCAUGCUGCUAAAUCCGGACAUAGUAAUUUUUCGGAAUCGACCGAAGAAAAGAAGCCAUUGAGCGAAGAUGAAAAGAAAGAGCAAUUAGCCCGGCUAGAAGAUAAAUUGCGUCAAAAGCGUAUGGAGCGGGAAGAAACAGAAAAGCGUGAAGCGCUUGAACGUGAAAAAUUUCGAAUUAGAAGUGGUAAGGAUAUGUCAGAAGCACAGCGAAAAGUUGAAGAACAAGAAAUGAAAAAAUUGGUGGAACAAAGAAAACGUGAAAAACAAGAGGAUCGAAUGGCCCGCGAGCGAGUCCGCGCACAAAUCGAAGCUGAUAAAGCUGCACGCCGAGAGCAAAUGGCACAACUUUCUGGAAAAGCCAGUACCACUGCCGCCAUCUCACCACCACCAAAUACAAUCACUAUAGCCGAACCGUCGUCAACCUCCUCGACAACAAAUACAUCGAAGUCAUAUGCAAAUACGCGCAUCCAAAUUCGUUUGCUGAAUGGAAGCACAUUGGUCGAAACGUUCGAUGUCAAAGAACAAUUGUCGGCCGUACGUUUGUUUGUGCAAAUAAAGCAAGGCAUCGACGAACCAUUUGGUUUAAUGACAAACUUUCCGCGCAAAGUUUAUGGCGACGAAGACUAUGAAAAACCACUCGAACAACUUGGAUUAGUACCCUCUGCCGUUCUAAUUUUGACCAAAUCCAAAUAGAUUCAUCAUCCUUUUUAUUUUCUAUAAAUGGUGAAUGUAACAAAAAAAAACUACAUGAAAACACAAUUUACGUAAAGUAAAUAAUUUGCGAAGUCAAACAAAUGAAAUUAAUCAUAAUAUAAUUAAAACGAGAAUAAAGAACUUAUACUGAUAUGAAA